CAGUACACAUUAUAGGUUAUACUGCGAAAUUUUGAAUUCUUCAAAAUUAUUGUUAGUAUAUAUACCUUUGCUGUGUCAGCAUAAAAGAUAAUUGUGCCUUAAAUUACUACAGAAGUGUUUUACUGUUGAUCAACUAAAUUCUCCAGUCGUAAGGACUAUUUAGAAAUUCCAAAAAAUACACGUCACAGUACGCAGUACACAUAUCAGUGUCGGAAUGAUGGACGAAAACGAAGCUGCAUCAUUGCGUAUAAGUUUUGCUUCAGUUAAAAGAAUAGAUCCAUACGUUAAAGAAAUUUUAGCGACUUCAUCUCACGUUGCCUUGUACAGGUUCAAUACAAAUACUAACGAAUGGGAAAAAACUGGAGUUGAAGGUGCUCUUUUUAUUUAUAGUCGAAAUGGCGAACCAUUCCACAGUAUUUUGUUUAUGAAUCGUCUGGAUCCUAAUAAUGUUAUAGAACCCAUCAUAAACGGAUUUGAAUACCAGCUGCAAACACCCUUUCUACUUUACAAGAAUUCAAGCAGCAAGAUAUUCGGCAUUUGGUUUUUUAACAGAGAAGACUGCACUAGUGUAACCUCUCUUAUCGAGUUAGUGAUGGAAAAUUUGAAGGAAAUCUCGUCGGAGCAAGUAAACAAGAAGGAAAAUGGUGUAGACAUUUUCAGUUUGCUAACCAAAGCUCAACAAGAAUUUAAUAGAACUCCAACAAGACAGGAAAGUACAGUGCAACCAUUCGCAUCAACACCAAGGUUAACUGAUGUUACUUCCAAAAGUGUACAAGACUUUUUUGCCAAGGCAAGUACUAAAACAACUCAAAAACCAGUGGAUUCAGGUCAUGUGUUACAACGACUGAUGUCAAAUCCAGCCCAUUCUGUUGAACAUAUUGAAAAGCAACAACAGAGGUCUGUAACACCACAGGAGACAAGUCAAAAACCAUUCAUCUGUAUUGAAAAGAAAGGAGUACCUAUUCCAAUACCUGGUAGAAGCGAUAGCCAUGGAAUUCCUGAGAGUAGUUUAGGUUCAAGUUUAGGAAUUUUACAAAAUAAUUCACCUUUAUCAUCCCAGAUGAAGAGUAGGUCAAUGUGUGAAGAUACCACAGAUAUAUUAGGCACAUCCCCAUAUGUAUCAUUCAUGGAAAAUACAAAGCCUCUUCUAAUGACACCGAUGAUGUUUACAACACCUACUUCUUACAAAGAUAAGUUGGAAGCAUCUCAGGCUUCAGCGUUAAAUCAACCAGAUCCACCAGACGGCAUAGAUUUACUGACCGAGAAGCAGUUAGCUCAAGCCCUUAUAUUUUUGCUUAGGAAUAAUUCCGAUUUUACCCGACAAAUCCACGAAGCUUACGUUAAUUCGAUUAUGGAGAAGGUAAAACCAACCUAACAAUAAAAGCUCCACGAGCUUUCUGCCGUUUUGAAUCUUACGUUUAAAGGAGAUUUCCUCACAUUUUUUUUCUCAAGAGUGAUAGGACUAUUGUCUUUAACCUUUCCGCUAGUCACCUGUAUUGACUUUAUAUUUUAUUUCUGACUUUUACUCGAAAUUUUGGGCAUCAGUGAAGAGGCUCCAAAGCAUUAAUCGUACUAUUAAAAUUUUAUCACCUUUGACAUUUCAUCUUGUAACUUCAUCUCGAUAUAUAUAACCUGUUUUUCUCGACCAUAGUUUAUAUUUCGUUGAAUAAAUUUUUUCAUGACAGCUGACGAUUGAACUACUCUAAAUCUAUUUCGUUCCAUAUAGAAAAUGUGAAGAAAUUGUUAUUAUAGUAGGAAACUUGAACUAGUGGACAGUUUAUUAGAUACCAUGCCACCGCUCAAGUUUCCGUACUUUAACUAUUUUGAAUUUAUUACAACUUUUUUACCAUCAUCGGUUAUCUGCAUUCGAUAUUUAUAGUAGUUUAUACGGUGUAUUGUUCUUUCAACUGUUUCUACAGUUUAAUGGUUAUAUUAAAUAUAAAGAUGAGAAGUUUAA